AACGCGAGGAAGAUGGCGGCGCUGGUGGCGGCGGAGGCCGCGGCAGUGCCGGGCCCGGCCGAGAUUGCUGAGGCGACGGAGCUGAGCCGCGCCCUGAGCCGCCUACUACCGGGGCUGGAGACCGAAAGCAAGCUGGGCCGGCGGCGUGCGCUGGAGGCUCUGCAGCGCGUGCUGGAGGCAGCGGCGCAGCCCGAAGUCGACCCCGGCGCCUUCCAGGGUCCCUGGGCGCGCCUGUUACUGCCGCGCCUGCUCCGCUGCCUGGCCGACCCGGCCGAGGGCUGCCGCGCGUUGGCCGUGCACCUACUGGGCCUGGGUCUGCGGCGCGCCGCGCGACCCUGCGACGCCCUGCCACGCCUGCUGCCCGCGCUUGCCGCGCGCCUGGCCGGCCCCGAGUCCUCGCGCCGGCCGCCGCCCGAGCCCUGCGAAGAGCUGCGCCUGGCGCUCGUGCAGCUGCUCGGCCUGGCGGUGGGCCUGGGCGGCGCCGCGCUCGCGCCCUACCUGGACGAUGCAGUGCGCGUGCUGCGCUCCACGUUGCUCGACCCCUUCGCCGCCGUGCGCCGCGAGAGCUGCGAGUGCGCCGCGGCCCUGGCGCGCGCCACGCCGGACCACUUCCACAUGCAGUCAGAGUCUUUGAUCAGUCCCCUGAUGCAGACCAUCUCCCACCAGCACUGGAAGGUCCGGGUGGCUGUCAUCGAAGCCACAGGCACGGUGAUCCAGUUUGGCAAUGGGAAGUCAGUGGACGACGUGCUUUCUCACUUUGCCCAGCGGCUCUUUGACGACGUUCCUCAGGUGCGACAGGCGGUGACCUCUGUGGUGGGGGGCUGGCUGCUGAGCCUACGGGACCGCUACUCCUUUUUUCACAAGCUCAUCCCUUUGUUGCUGAGCAGCCUCGAUGACGAGAUUCCUGAAAUCACGCAGUUGGCCACCAGCCUCUGGGAGAAAGUUGGCCUACAGUGGCAGAAGGAGAAUGAGGAGGACCUGAAGGACAAGCUGGACUUCGCCUCUCCCCGCCCAGCCCACUACCCUCCACAAGAGAGUCGCCCAGUGUUGGGCUGUCGGGAGCUCAUCUUCAGAAACCUCUACAAGGUCCUUCCCGCCAUCUGUCACGACAUCACCGACUGGGUAGUGGGGACCAGGGUAAAGGCGGCACAGCUCCUGCGAGUACUGCUGCUCCAUGCCGAGGACCACAUCACGCAGCACCUUGAAGUCAUCCUCAGGACCCUCCUCCAGGCCUGUGCCGACGAGGAGAAGGCCGUGGUCAGCAGUUGUACAAGAUCUGCAGAGCUAAUCGGGACAUUUGUCAACCCAGAGGUGUUUCUGAAAUUGCUCUUAUCAAUGCUGAAGAAGUCGCCUUCCUCCUCCGGCCUCUUGGUCCUUGCUUCAGUCAUUCAAGGCUGCCCCCGAGAAGCCCUUCAGCCCCACCUGAAGGUCAUCGCCACAGAGCUGGCCCAGGCACACAUCUGUCAAGGGUCUGAAAAUGACCUCUACAUGGAGCACCUGCUACACUGUGUGCAGGCUCUGGUUUCAGUGUGUUGGGAGGACUGCAGUGGGUCCAGCUUGCAGCUCAUGGAAGUGCUGGUGACUAUAAUGGCUAUCUCUGGUGCCACAGGCCUUAAUGACCAGGCUCAGAAGACAAUGGACUCACUGGCCACUGUGGAGAACGUCAACGGCAGCCAGGACCUCUAUCGCAAACACAUGGGCCCUCUCAUGGAAUGGUUGACCACAUCGCAUGAGGACUGGACCAUGCACUCUGCAGAACUCAUGCAGUUCCUUGUAGUGGUCACUCAGUCAGGCCCUGUCAUAGGAGAAGCACUGCAGCACGUGGUCCCCAUGCUCAGGGCCUGUCUGCAGCCAGACAGAGAUCCACAGAUGCGCCUAAAGCUUUUCUCUGUCCUGUCCAAAGUGCUGCUGAAACCAAAGGACACCGUCGACUCCCAAGGGCAGUUUCAUAGAUACCUUGAGACAGUUAUAAAGGACAUCCUGGUUCCCAAUCUUCAGUGGCAUGCAGGGAGGACUGCCGCAGCCAUCCGCACAGCCGCUGUGUCCUGCCUCUGGGCACUCACCAGCAGCGAGGUCCUGUCAGCCAAACAGAUACAAGAAGUGCAAGAAGUAUUGAUGCCUCAGAUUCUCACCACUCUGGAGGAAGAUUCCCAGAUGACUCGAUUAAUUUCAUGCCGUAUUAUUAACAUAUUUUUAAAAACCUCUGGUGCUGUGAUUGAUCCAGAUAAAUUCAUCAAGGUUUAUCCUGAACUCUUAAAACGUCUAGAUGAUGUUUCCAAUGACGUGAGGCUGGCAGCUGCCUCCACCUUAAUUACCUGGCUGAGGUGCAUCAAAAGCGCUGAUGGAAAGUCUUACUAUCAAAGCAACAUUCAGUACCUGUACAAAGAACUCCUCGUCCACCUUGAUGAUCCAGAGAGUGUCAUCCAGGGUGCGGUUUUAGAGGUCCUCAAAGAGGGUAGCGCCCUAUUCCCAGAUCUCCUGGUGAGGGAGACUGAGGCCGUCAUCCACAAACACCGCUCCCCUGCUUACUGUGAGCAGCUCCUGCAGCACAUGCAGGCUACACCAGCCGCACAGUGACCAGUGUUCUGGGCUGGAGCCUUCGCAUGGUGUGAUGGCCGGGGUGGGAGCAGACGCCUUCGUCCUGAGCUGUACUGGAAUCUGUGGCCUUUAAACCUCAUAAACAAGGCACCUUUUGAUCAACAGCCUGGUGACAGCAAGAAGAAUGUAUUCCCCAAGAAACAUGCCUGCUCUUCUCCUGGACAAGUUUUCAAGCCCAGCAGUUUCUGAAAUAACAUUCACUGAGUGGAUUCUAUAUUUUUAUGUCUUAUUUAUACAGUUCAUUGAGAGGUCUCCCAAAAAUCUAUGGCUAAUUUGAAAUUAAAACCAAAUGACUUGGUCUGUCCAGUUAGCUCAUUUGGUUAGAGCGUGGUAUUAUAACACCAGGGCCCAGGGUUUGGAUCCCCGUACCUGCCAACCACCAAAAAAAAACAACAACAACAAAAAACAAGUGUCUUUCAAAA